CGUUAUUCGAUUCGUUAUUCGAAAGUGCGCGCUCCUAGAGAGGCGCGGGGAAGCGUAUAUGAAAGGCAAAGGCACAGCCGCUACUACAAGUUGGUUCUUUAUUAUAUGCUACUACUUGCUAGGCAAUUAAACGACUGGUUCCUUGUGCGCUCUUUGUGAACCAUCAUUUAUCGCCCAAAUUCGGGUAGCAGUCACGCACACGUUCCGCCGGUUUGUCUGGGCGCAUUGGCGAAUCGGCCGCCUAGGUCGCCUAGGCAUUUUUGUCCGCGCCACCUGCGCAACCUGCACCGCCCGCGCUGUGCGCUGUAGUCAACAUCACACACGCGCCUUGUUUGUGAGAAGUUCAGCACAAAUGUUCCGACAUAUCUGAUCGCCAGUGAGUCGUCAGUAGUAGUGUUGAUAUUGCGCGAUGCGCGGUCAGGACGGCGGCUAUGAAGGCAGUGUGAAGUGCCUCACAGUCGGAUAGCUGAAGGAAUGAAGCGCCAAAGUCAUUAAAUUGCAAAUGCAAUGCAGAACCUUGCCCUGCAAUUUUGCGACGUCCAGAGAUGAGCCUCAAGGACAGCCCCCAUGUCGCCUAUUUGCUGUCUGCUCGCUGCACGCGAACAGCUGCGCUUCCGUCGACACGGUGAAUGAUGUGAAGACGUACACGCUAUCGUUUGAAUGUCCUGUGAGCUGAAUGUCCUGUGAGCUGGAACACCCUUUUGCCAUGGCUCCACUGAAGAUUCGUCUUUUGAAGUUAAUUGCUAUUGUCAUUGUGAUAGCAUUCCUUAUACUUUACUGGCAGAGCACCAGGACUCUUGACAGGACACCUGUUGAAACAGUGCAAUGGGUGGCUGAUGUGCUUACUGAUCCACCAGCCACAGCAGCUGCAACUCAUACCAGCUUUCAAGAGAGCCUACGAUUGCCACCUAUCCAGUUUGAUGAGCGCAUAGUGCAUUUUGACCUGAAAGGUGCACCACCUAAACUUGAGUACUAUGAUGCAGUGUUUCCCCUGUUGCACAAGCUUGGAGCCACUGGACUUUUAAUGGAGUAUGAGGAUAUGUUUCCUUACACAGGGAUGCUCAGUCCUCUUGCAGCCACUAACGCCUAUAAGGAGGCUGACAUAGCUCAUAUCUUGUCUGCUGCUCGUGCCAAUCAUUUGCAGGUGAUUCCACUGGUGCAAACAUUUGGCCAUCUUGAAUUCGCACUGAAGUUGCCAGAAUUUUCAGAUCUUCGAGAAUUGAGUCAUAGUCCUCAAGCGAUAUGCCCCUCACUGAAUGGAUCUCUCAUCCUGGUAAAGGCUAUGCUUGACCAAGUGCUCAAUUUGCAUCCUAAUGCUCAGUAUGUGCAUAUUGGUUGCGAUGAGGUUUACUCAUUAGGACAGUGCACUCGCUGUGAGAGGCACAUGAAUGUGGCAAACAUCACGAAAGAUAGGCUUUUCUUAGAGCAUGUAGAGAAAGUUGUAGCUCAUGUGGCCCAAUAUGGGGUUCGUCCCAUUAUGUGGGAUGACAUGUUGCGCAGCAUGGAGGCGAAUGAUGUACAGCAGUGGGGUGCUGCUAACCCUGUAGACCUUAUGGUCUGGCAGUAUUCUCCGAACAUAACCAAGUAUUUGGAAGACCAGCACUGGCUAAAAUAUGCUCGUUUCCAAGGGCUGUGGAUAGCAAGUGCCUUCAAGGGGGCUACAGGUCCAAAGCAGUUGCUUCCAGACAUCAAAUACCAUUUAAGAAACCACCAUUCGUGGCUGGAAACACUAAACAACCACAGGGAACUGCUCAAUAUACGUGGCAUUGCAUUGACGGGAUGGCAACGGUAUGACCACUUUGCUACACUUUGUGAGCUUCUGCCAGCAAGCAUGCCAUCCUUGGCUGCCAACUUGGUAUACCUGCAGCAUGGGUGUUUAGAUCAGGUGGAGCUGUCUCAAAUUAAGGAACACUUGCAGUGUAAUAGGCAGCUGCCCGUUUUUGAUGAUGGAAGCAGCCAUUUGCUCUUUUGUCAGUUCCCUGGUGCAAAGGUACUCACAGGAAUCCAGCAGCUAGUGACACUAUACAAUCAAAAGAAAGUGAUGGAAAAAAACAGUCAUUAUGUUGGAUGGCUAGAUAGUUAUCAUGUUCGACUGUCAUUUGUCAGUCCCGAUCACAUUGUCGAGGCAACCAAGAACCUGACUGAGCUCCUGAGCACAUCGAAGCAUCUGCACAAGUUCCUGGGUGAUGCAAUGUCUCAAUUGUAUGAUGUGCAUACUGUGGUAGAGUGGAUAGGUACAUUUCUUGAUCCACUGCAUGCUGAGCUCACACUACUUGAACAGCAGGUCCAGCGGCUACUUAAUUAUAGCGUAUGGCCUAGGAGACCUCUAGAACAGGUAACAUGAAUUAUUGCAGAAAUAUGUGGGUUGGUGUUACAUUCUAAACUAAGAAAAGGUCGGUAGUCGUUAGAGCUUGGGAAAUUGAAUUUUAUAUUGAUAAUUCAUGUAUUUACACCCAUGAGCCACAUGCACUAUUGGAGGAAGCUUCCUGUUACUAUAUGACCCUUUGUGUGUGCACCUCCGUCCUUCUCCCUGCUUAGCCAUUGCUCCAUUCUUAUGUGCAUUUGAGGCACUUUGAUUUUUUGCUGAAACCAGUAUACAGAGAUGUUUUUGUAUUUCACAUUCACUGAAACAGUGUCCCUGCAGCAGGUUACAGUCCAGUAUGCCACAAAAAAUGUAUAAUUAGGGUAAGAAGCAAUGUUGAAAUUGAUAGGAGGAAAGACAACACCAGGAGAUGUUGAAAGCUAAGGCCCAUAGCGUUGUGUUACAUGAUUGUGCUGUACCAACUGAAGCGUGUUAGUUGUUUUUUUUCCUCUUUUAUUGCUUCAUUUAUGUGUAAGCUGCAUGUAUAUUAUGAAAUAUGCAUGUAACUUAUUUAAAUGUGUUAACCAACAGUACUCUUGACAAAUGACUUAUGCUUGAGGCUGCAUAGUGUGUGAUUGGAGUUGGGGACAGAAACCUAGACAGGCUUCUCUGUUUUAAUAAUGGUAUCAAGGAUGCCAAAUUGGAAACUCCCACUGUUCAAUUGGCUGCUGGGUACUUGUGAGUGCGAGGAUCAAUACGAUCCAGUCUUCACAGGUGCCUUUUGUUUCUAUUUGUUUCUUUUACUACAUCUUCACACUAUAUUUGAGUGACACUCUUUACAUAAGAAAUGAUAUGAAGAAUCUGGCUAUGAAGCUAGAGAAAGUAGUGGGAAAAUGAAUUGCUUUGUUUAAUUGAAAUGACCUGUCAUAGUGGCUUUGAUGUUGCACUGCUAAGCCCAAGGGUACAGGAUCAAAUCUCAGCCACGCUGGCCACAUUUUGCUGAGGGUGAAAUGCAAAAAUGCCCGAGUGUUGUGCAUUGGGUGCACGUUGAGGAAUCCCAGGUGGUCAAAAGUAAUUUGGAGCUCCCCCACUACGGUGUGCCUCAUAAUCAUAUUGUAGUUGUGGCAUGUAAAACCCCAGAAUUUAAUUAAAAUUAAUUGAAAUGUGGGUAUGAGAUAAAGGGAAAUGAAUGUAGACAAAUGUAACUUGUCACAGACGGGAGCUGAACCUACAUCUUCCGCAUGACACGUGCAGUGCUUACCAAUUAAGCUACUGCAGCAACACCCUCCCAUCUACUUUACUGGGUAUAUUUGUAUGUGUACAAGAUUAACCCUACGAGCAUUAGCCAGCGCUGCCCCUGGCCACAGUGGAGGACUAACCAAAAAAUCAAACCCUCGGUUUCCCUUUUUCUUAACAUUCUUAAACAGGUAGCCCAUUCCAUGACCUCUUUGUUCAUACUCCUCAAAGUUGUAUGUACUUGUAGCCUAUAAUGUUGUAAGCAGUACCCUUUGGUGCCAUCUGCUUUACUGCCACAGUGUAUUCUGAUUCACUAAACAAUUAUCACAGCAGCUUGCCGACUUAUGCGGCAGCUUAGCAUAUUCCUUAUCUAUGUGUCAGCAUGAUAGAAAGCUUCUUUUUUUUUUUAAUGCAAGUAGUACAAGUCAUGAUUUGAUAUGCAUAUUUUGUUUUUGCUAUAUAUUGUGCUGUUUCCAGCUUGUGUUCAGUUUUUUAGAGUGCAGCUCCUAAGUGCCCAUUCCUGCAUUGAGCAUCGGCAUCGGCGUAACCGAGUGAACAUGGAGCGCAGCGGGGGAUGAAAGAUGGCAAUAGCAAAGAGAGUGUGAAGAGGGAAGUGGAGGAAGAGGGUAGGUCAAAAGCGUGAGAAGAAAAGAGUAGUGCCGCCCAAGAUGGUCUCUGCGGUGACGACCGCUAUGAGAUGGCAUCAAAGUAGCGCGCCAUCGUCUUUUCACUGAUGGCAUGCAGCGAGUGCAUCCGCCGAUACUAUAUAUGGAAACAAAGUGCUGCAUGAGCAGAGUUAUGUUUGCAGCGGCUGCUGUGGAUCGCGCCCGCACGUUACCCAUGCACUCCCUCUCUCACGAUCUCCUGAUUAGUGAGGUAGUCGUGCCACACUUCGCUCCAUUUGCAACAUGCCACACAAGACAGAUUGUCCGCCCCAGCUAAUAUAUUGCAAAAUGAAAACAUGUAUAGAAAUGCGCUCAAAUUUCGCUUUAGGAAGUAUCGUAAUAGUUGGUGAAAUUUUUUUAUCCAUGUUUAUGUGGUAUCCAUCAUUUAGCUCUUUCAUGCCCAUAGGCCAUGGGCCCGGACAUGUAGUAUGCAGGCUCUGUACCCACAAAGCCUUUGCUUGUGGCCCACAUUGCCCUUUCAAGCUUUCACCUCCUUCCCUCUGUAUAGUUGCCUAAGCUUUAAUUAAUGUUCUGAAUCCUUGAAGCUCCACAGUGUGACCUACAAAGAGCUAUGGGCUAAGCAUGUGGCAAAGUUCCAGGCUUGAACUUGAGAACCUUGUGAUAAUCUUUUGUUUUGGAACAAAAAUGCAGAAAAAGAAAGGUGAGGCAGUGGUGCAAAAACAGGUACACCAAAGCUAGGGCAACAAGACAGUGUUUCUGUGUCCUGCCUUGGUGUCCCGAUUUUUUCUUUUUCUUUAUUAUUAUUAUUAUUAUUUUUUUUGCUUUUGAUUCAAGAUGGAUAUGUGCCGAUGCCCAGUUUGCAUUAGUUCCAUAGUCUGCUUGCUUGCAUAAUGUCCUCUACGGUAGUGGUUCAGCUCCCACAAAGUUCUUUAGGCUGUUUAUCCAUACCAGAAGCCCAUGCACAUUUGAGGUCAAUCUGCUAUAGAUUGCUUGUAAGUCUUUUUCUCCAGGACUAGGCUGUACAUUUUGUGAAGUCAAUUUUAUGGGUAUAUGCACCUGUCAUUCGGUUUCACUAGCCACUCUGCAACAAAACUUCAUGCUGUGAUGUUUAGAGCUCUGUACAAUAACUUGCGUUGGUGCUUUACUAGCUGGUGCAGUUGUUAGAACACUUGUCUGGAGCACUUUAACAAUGUGCUUUGGCCUGAGUGGGUGACGUCUUCUGAUAACUUUACAUCUGAACAUGCAUCAUCACACUGAUAAGGCUGCCUUAAACUUUUUAGCCUUUUCAUUUAGCAUGGCUUCCAUUGCUGUAAUUGCCUGUGAUCACUGGUGAACAUGCCGCAAGGCUGCAGAGUAAAAGAGGAGAUGGCGCGUCACAAACUUUUGGUUGAGCAUUUACCAAGAUUUGUUGUCUCCGCUUUUGUUCCAUGACCCUGUGGGGCUUUCUGCGGUGAUCACUGACAAUUUCAGCAGGAGAAGCUAUGAUGGCCUGCAAGGCAGAAAACAGGUUCAGGCAGUCUCAUCACUCUGGUGGUGCAGGCUAAGAUGUGAGCUAUUGUGAACCAGCCAUUAUUAGUUGCACACACAGUCUAAAGCAUGCAGUUUGAUCACUCUAGACAACAGUGCCAACAACUGCACAUUUGAAAAAUGGUAUGCAAGGAUUUUCGUGUAUUUGUGCUGCCACCUUUCAAUGGGAGAACUGGACUGCUUUUCAACAGAAUUCUUCACAACCACCACAUUGUUGUGUCCCCCCCGCUCUUUUUCUUUCCGUGUUUAGUAGAAAUACAGCAAUUCAGUAUAUAACAUACAAUAUGAAAAAUACUGAAUCCGUAAUGUGGCUUGCAGGUGUUGAAUACAUUGGAAUACAUUGACAAGUUCCUGGCUUUUGCAUCCCCCGUAUCUUUAUUUUUCCUGGUUGCGGCAGUGCUAUAGCCUAGCUGCUCUAAAAUGUCUGUGGACUAGUUUGUGUAGCCUGAUGGGCUUCCAAAUACCAAACAAAAAAGUGGCGAAAUUUCAGACCUCGGAUUACUAAAAAUGGCCAAAAAACAUAAGAAGAUGCUUAGAAUACAUGUUGCUCUGUUAAUACUGAAGUUCCCUGUACAGUUGUACCUCUUUAUAACAGAUUUACAUUUGACAUAAAAAUACCUUUCUUGUAUUUUACAUUUUUUAUAUGCAUAUACUCACUAUAUGCUAAUAUUGGUGAUAUACAUUUUAGAUUGACUUCAUUAGAUCUGAUAAUUCAUUAUAACAUAUUUAAUAUAGUAUUGUUCAACUGUAUUCCCACUACCGUUCAUAUCUCUGCAAUUGUCACUACAUAUUCUGACUUGAUUUUGUUUGGUGUCAUCAUGAAGUUAAAUGCUGUAAAACUGGAUAAGCCUCUGAUUCCUAACUAUAUUGGUGUAGAAACAUUGGAAACUGCGUUCAUGCAUGAAAUAUGGAAUCCUACUGCCAUUUUAUUUUUCGUUGUUGUAUUUUUUUUUUGGCUACUGUACUUCAUAUGAAAUGGGCCUUGAGAAAGAGAAGGAUGCAGCUUCCUAUUUACUUUUUAAAGAAAAGUUUUAAGGUUGGUACAUUGCUCUACAUUGGUGUUGAAAGUAAAUGCCAUUAGAACUAGUAUGAAAAGAGGCAUGAAUGUUUGAAUCUUCUGUCCUCACAAAUUAGUUCUACACAUGAUCACUGUUGCAGCAUUUAACUAAAUAAGCUUUUUUGUUGUUGCCCUGUAACGACUGUUGGCAUGAACAGUGGUAGGGCAUAAUAGGGGGGCAGCAGUAUAUGCUAGGAAGCCAAUAUGGGUAAGUGAUGUUCUAGUUCAAAUUUUAUGAUGAAGUGGAGUUUGGCAAGUCAUCUAAGGCAUAGAGCAGCUAACAGGUGGUCUGUUAGAUUAACAGGAUGGCAUACCAAAGAAAUACAGCCAACGGUUUCAUAUAAUUAUGUGAUAAGGUUAUAAAAUUUGUUGGCGCAGGAUAGCGUUAGAUGACAGUAGAUAGAAGUGGUUACAGGAGAUCUCCGAGAGUUGCUUGAUGUGGUCCUGGCAGUGGAUAUAAAUAGGCUGCUGCCACUGAUGAUGAAUUUUAUAGGUAUUUGAAAAAUUCAGCUGUUUUUCCAUGGAAUGAUAGCAUGUGUUCUUGGAUUUUGUAUGUAUAUUUCGGGAAGGAAAAUAUUUUUUUCAGCAUUGUUAGUUUUCACUGACAAGCCUGCACUUGAGUGAAUUUUAGUCAGGAACAUUUGAGACAAAGGUGAAAAUUGGCAGGUAGUUAGCAUGGGUAAAAUGUAGGCAGGCUUUGGCUCUUUAUAAAGCCUUGGGGAAAGAAGGCACAAACUAAUGAUACUGUGUGAAGUGUGCCAUGUUUCAAGUUUUCACAUUUAUUAUUGAAGUAAUUUAAGAAAAACCGUGUUUAAUAUAAUCAUCACGCAAACUUUAGACAGUGCUCAAUCAUUGGAAACAUGGUUUAGGAGUAGCAUGCACUUAAUUAUUAUUAUUAUUAUUUUUACAUAGAGUAACACUUUUGCAAAACUAAGUUCGUGUGAAAGUUGCUGGGUUAAAAACUUACAAUGUGUGCAAACAUGCAUGCAUGCGCAUAUGUAUGUGCACAUACGCUCAUACAUACACGAGAACAAAAAUAUUGUCAGGGCGUGCCUGGACCUCUUCUGAAUGAAAAUUUUCCACAGUUAUUUCGAUUGGCAUUUACUGUACUCCAUAAUAUUUUUUAUAGUCUCAUAUCGUAUAUCUCAGCUAUAUCAUAUGUUUCUCAUCAGAUAUCAUAUAUUUCUCAGCUAUAUUUGUCUGUUUCAGUUCAGUCCAAUCUUUUGCCUUCCGUAUUAUUGUUAGAUGCUAAUUUUGCAUUGUUUUCCCAGCUGGUCUGUUGAUAAUGCCUUCAUCUGUGACAGUCUGUAUUUUUUGUUAUUUGGAAGAUGCUGCAACUGUAGCCCUUACAUAUUAACAUUAAGAAAGUAAAAUACUGUGAUUGGUAUAACUGUGUAUUGCUUCAUUCGGACUGAUUUAAUACAUCCUCGGUGUAUAAACAGCACACAGCCCAUUGUUAUAUCCGAUCAUUGUUGCUAGAGGCUUACACUGCUGGUCUUUCUUCCUUACCCUUUUUUAUUCUGCUUUUCAAAAGCUGUGGUUAGCUUUGAUGUGAAUGUAGAUUUCAAAUGACAUAAAUUGAUUUCUAGCUGUUUAAUGCUAUGUCAUUCUCACACCUGUUGUGGCAGCCAUUUACGUAGUAGUCAUUUCCCUUCACACAUCACAAUUUUUGUGUCAAUCGUUAACUGAAGUGCCUUCCUAGGUAUAAUUGUUGCCAAAUACUGCAAUACCGCAGUUUAUUGCAGGUGUUCUAGUGGUUGCACCUAUAAGCACUGCACUUCAAGUCAUUGUGCUGAUCAUCUGCUGUGCUGUCUUGUUAUCAAUAGUGUGCAUAGAAAAUCCAUGGGCAGAAAUUUUCAGUGACUUAUGCAUGGAUCACUUUUGCAUGCACACUAGCCUGAGGCAUACUCUUUUCUGUAAAAAGAAAAUCGUAUCAUAGCUAGCUUGAUAUUUGACUCCUAUUCAAGCAGAUACUUCUUUACAUUCUGAGAAAAUUAUCAUUGUUGAUCCUGUUCUCAAAAGUAUUAAUCUUACAAACUGGCUGCAGAUGUCCACGUAUUAGAUGUACCUAUGUGUGGGAAAUACCACACAAGGUGUUUGUAAAAUAUCUGGCACUAUUAACAUCUCUCAACACGCGUGCUGUCCAUUUCUGGUCUUGCUACAGUGCGACAGGUUUAUAUACCUAUUUAGCCGCCAACCUGUCAGAAUUUGUUAAUUUCAUUAUACUGUACACUGCACAAUGAAAUAUCUUUCAGGUUUCUUUAUAAUUAUCUUGAUCUUUAUAAUUUUAAACGAAGCUACCUUAGUGGUGUUGUCAGGCAGUUUUUUUUUAUAAAAGUGCAAUGAUUGUAGGCAUUGAGAGACAAUGAUCAGAGAUGGCAUUAUUGUUUGAUUUCUGGUGAUGGUGUAGACUACUUAAAUUUGUUCUGAGGUUUCUACCCUGUGGCAUUAAUCGUUGGUCACUUUUAUGUGCUCCUUUAGUUUGUCUCUCAUAAUUUGUGGUGGUCUGAACACAUGUAACAAAAUGUGUGUCCCUAUUGACUGCCUUGUGAUUGUACUAUGGGGCUUGCUAUAAAGCCUGGCCACCACUUGCACUGCUGUCGUAUAGCCACAAUCUGUCUGACAAUGAAAGCGAAAUUAAAUGACUCUGCUCGCUUUGAUGGCACAGCUGGUUUUAUCACUGCAACUGGCUCUUUCUAAACUUACUUUAGCAUUUAUUGAGGCAAAACUUUGUUGUUUCUUACAUCACACUCGCAUGAGGAAAAAUAAAAAAUGACAUGACAGUACUUGUGCCAUACGUCAUGCUGUAUCUGUUGGUUUUUAUCAGCCCACUGAAGCUUUGGGCCUGUUCUGUCAUUGAGAGCGAAACCACUUUGAAAUAUCAAGUGCUGAUGCCUCUUCUUGUGGAACAGAAUUGUUCAGGUGUUCAAUCUUGAGCUUGAGUGAGACAGUUACGGUGACCAUGGUGGCAGAUCACCCUUUUCCACCCUUAGCAACCAUUUCCCUUCACUUGUACUAUGUUGUCUCUUAUAUACUGCACAUUUAUAUGUUUCUAGCAAUACUUACUGUUUCAACAAUAUGUCAGAAACUUGGAUCCACAUGUGCUUGGACAAAAACAGUAUUAUAUAACUUCACAGGUCUCUUGUAUAUAGUUUUCUCAGAGUGUGGUAAAUUAUAGCCUAUAGUGCAGAUGCUGUGGAAUGGCCUUUGUGCAACAUACUUAUUGUUCAGACUAAAUGAAAAUUAAUAUCUUCUAAUGAGGAGUUCCAUGACAGUUGAAGGUGUGUGCAGAAGUUAGUCUCCUAUGCUGCUAUGUGAAAAUAUUCCAGCAGUGUUGCCCCCCCCCCCCCAAAAAAAUUUUGUUUUUCACGUAAACAGCAGUAUAUAAUAUGUUUAACAUGUUUUCAAAGCAGUAUAUUGUCUAUUGAGGCACUGAAUGUUGCAGUUGUAAUUAGGUUGCAUUGCACUCAGUAGUGUUAGCUUUAUGCUACAGAAUGCAAUCUGAGCAUUGUAGAGAAUAGUCGGAGUUCUACCAAUGCAAAGGUUUUUAUUCUUCUAUGAUGCUGAAUUAAUUGUAAUAUUCACGUCUCGAAUACUCUGCCACUUAGUUGAACCUGUACAGAACAAGAAGUUGGUGUAAUUAACUCUUGUAAUGCUUCAUAUUAUACAGAAGCCUUAAGCCAAUUUUACACUGGUCAUUUUUAUGGGUGGACGUCUGUGACAUUGUCUUAAGGUAUAUUAUAGUGCUGUACUAUAACACUGCUUAAUUAAGCAAUUAAAGAAUUGCCACCUAUUAUAACAGUUCAUUAACUGGAGCUUUUUCUUUUUAAUUUUCAAAAAUAAUUGACUUGGCAUUUGUGUUUUUUGCAUAAAUGAAACGUUAUCUAUAACUAAAGUAUUGGCUUUGGGUUCUUACAUUUUAUAUGUCUUUUGGGAAAUUAUGGGCAAAGCUACUCAAUAUGACAGUAUUUGUGUUAAUGCUUGUACUCAUCUAAUGUUGUAAACUAACCCAAUGAAAUGUGUACAGUUUGCUUUUUUUGUAGCUUAUGGUCACUGCAAUGGUGAAAGGAAAGUGUGACUGCUUCCAGAAAUUUUGCAGUUUGGAGUGUUUUGUGUAAAAUCCUCAUGUGUAGUACCAAGCAUCUCUUGCAGUCUGUUUGACAAAGGACUAUGCACCUACUUCAAUUCUUAAUAAAGAAUACCGUAAACACAG